AUGGGUCAGGCACAGCGGCUACCAGAAAAGCUGCUUCGCCAUGUGGCUUUGGUGAAAGAGAGCGGAUAUCUGACCUACGAUGAGUUUCUUGCUCGAGUCGCAGAGCUCAACGAUGUCACGGCGAGGCUGGCGUCCGGACAGAAGAAGCACCUGCUCUUUGAGGUGCAGCCACAGUCUGACACGUCGGCUCUGUGGAAGGUUGCUGUCAGAGUCCUGUGCACCAAGAUAAACAAAGACAGCGGUGCAGUAGAGGCCUCUCGCAUCAUGAACCUGUACCAGUUCAUUCAAUUGUACACAGACGUCACCACACAGGCCAGAGAGCUGCCAGCAGAGGGUGCUGGAGAGGGGGACUGCCAGGCCUCUAUGUUGAUGGGGAGGUGUGUGCGUGGGGUGAAGGAGCUGACUGAUGAAGAGGAGUGCUGCAUCUGUAUGGACAAGAAGGCAGACCUCAUCCUGCCCUGUGCUCACAUCUUCUGCCAGAAGUGCAUCGACAAGUGGAGGGGGCAGCAGAGGAACUGUCCUGUAUGCCGAAUUCAGGUCAGCGCUGCUAACGACUCUUGGGUUGUGUCUGACUUCCCCACAGAAGAAGAACUGGCGGGGUACAUCCUGAACCUGGCUGAUGAUGCAGGGUACCCCCACAAACCGUAG